UCGCAGACGCCCGCACGAGAACACGAGACCCCCCAGACCCCCAGACCCUGAGCGGCCGACUAGGCAGCCUGCAGUUUCAACUUGGCCCAGGAACUGGCUUGCCCUGCCUGAGGCUGUCCACGACACAUGCUCACCACCUCGCUCCCCCUUUGUCUCCAACGCUGCCUCUGCACACCGACGCUGCAUGCGCCGCGCGCCCGUCCAGCACACGCGGCUCGUAACCAGGAGAUGACCAUCAGAUGGAGAUGAGAUGAAGAUGAGCAGGGCCGAACGCGUGUUUCACCACGGGGCGCGCUGCCCUCCCCUGCAAUCAGGCCUGCCCCCGGCCUCGAGUCUUGAGGAUAUCGACGCUUGCUGCACUCCGCCCUCCUAUUUCUCGUCGUCCUAGUCUGCCCCGUUGACACUUGGUCAUCUGUGACAUUGACAUUGACACUGACACUGACAUUGACGUCGCACAGCACCCGCCCUCACUACACACCAUCAUGGAGCCCGGCCAAGGACUAUGGAAGAAGCGCAUCCUCGUGCCCUUUUGGAUUGUGCGAAUAUGCAUCAUGGUCUUUGUCAUUGCUGCGUAUGCCUACACGCUGCGCUCGCUGAGAGACCUGGAAGACUUUACUGAGCCGGCGGCAGGAAUGGUCGUUCUCUUCAUUCUCUUCGUGGUCGUGGUGCUGCUGAUCGACGUGCUCGCCAUCCUCCUCUUCCUUCGCGAUGCGCUCAAGCCAAACACGUUCCUGACAAUGAACUCGUUCCAGACGGGCUUCUGGGGCGGCGUCCUGGUCGUCGAGCUGGUAUCCAUUGGCCAAGGCGCCAGUGCUGUCGGGAUUGGAUUCAGCGUUUUUGUCUUCGUCACGUUUCUCGGACUUCUCGUCUACUCCUUCAUCGGCUACCGUCGCGCAAAGGCUGCCGGCCAGCGCGGCCAGUAUGCGCCUGCGCACAACCCGGCGCUCGCCACAGCAUACAGCGAACAGCACAGCACUGCAUACCACUCGCAGACGCAGCCUCCCGUCGAGGCGCAGGACCCUUAUCCGCCUGCAUACCAGGCUGGCGCAGCAGGCGAUUAUUACCAGCAGCAGCCCAUGAAGCCGGCGCACAUCGUCUGAGGCGGCGGUGCAAAUUCUUAUGGGCUGACGGCGUCUUGUUUCUCGGCAAAAUUAAUAAUAUGCCGGUACUGGAUAUGCGAAGCGCCUGUACGAGGAAGUGGUGCGGACAAAUCAUGGCGAGCAUGUUCCGGCACACUUGGGCCCGUCGUCAGUUGGCAUGCGGCCAUGACUUGGGGCGACGGGCAAAUGGCUGGAUAGACGCAAAUGACGCAACAGGGUGGCCUGUACCGUAUGCAUGCGACUCGCGUUGUGGGAGUAGUCGUGUUCUUUAUUUACACGGAGAGCAGAGUCGGACUGCAAGGCACGGCUGUGGCAGGGAUUGGUUUGGCCGCCGCCUGCGUUCCUGUGGGGAGCGGGCCGUUGUACCCAUGUACCUAGGGCCGGACAAGCAUCAGAUACGGGCAGGCGUCAAGGGAAAAUGGCUCGAACGGCAAUUUAUUUUUGC